AUGCUUCUUCGUUUACCGCCCAGCCUCCAUUACCCGAUCACCGUGACGUCCCUGCUGAAACAGCCGGGUGAUACGGUGGAGAGGGAUGAGGCUUUGUUCUGGUACGUGUACCAGACGACUGUCACCGAGGGUGAUGGGCUGGGCAACAAGAUCGAGGUUCAGCGCAAGUUUCCCACCAAGUUCGAGUCGGCUGUUGAUGGGGAAAUCGUUCAGUGGAAGAUAGCAAAGGGGGAUGUCAUUCAAAGACCUAUUGAUGUAGUCGAGAUCGACGAGCCAUGCGCUCACGAGGUUCAGUUUGGAGGGCUCUGCGCCGAGUGCGGCAAAGACAUGACUGAGGCAACAUACAACACGGAGAUCAUGGACUCGAUGCGCGCUCCAAUUCAGAUGGUCCAUGAUAAUACCUCACUCACCGUGAGUGAAAGGGAAGCCACGCGUGUGGAAGAAGAUGCGAAACGUCGCCUGUUGGCGAAUAAGAAGCUUUCUCUCGUUGUCGAUCUGGAUCAGACCAUCAUUCAUGCCACCGUCGACCCCACAGUCAGGGAAUGGAUGGAAGACAAGGAUAACCCGAACCAUGAAGCUUUGAGUGAUGUUCGGGCCUUCCAACUGGUGGAUGACGGGCCGGGAAUGCGCGGUUGCUGGUAUUAUGUUAAGCUCCGACCUGGUUUAGAAUCCUUCUUGCAGAAUGUCGCGGAGCUCUUCGAACUGCACAUUUACACCAUGGGCACUAGAGCCUACGCGCAACAUAUCGCUGCGAUCAUCGACCCAGACCGGAAACUAUUUGGUGACCGCAUCCUCAGCCGUGACGAGAGUGGGAGUCUAACGGCUAAGAAUCUCCAACGACUAUUCCCGGUGGACACAAAGAUGGUGGUUAUUAUUGACGACCGCGGGGACGUGUGGCGCUGGAGCCCUAAUCUCAUCAAGGUUUCUCCUUAUGAUUUCUUCGUUGGAAUUGGAGAUAUCAACUCUAGUUUCCUUCCGAAGAAGCAGGAAUUAGGGGGGGCUAAUAAGCCUACGGAAAAGGCCCCUAAGGAGCUGAAGGAGCUACCGGCACCACAAAACGGUAAUGGUGCAACUGAGAAGGAUGCAGCUGAGGUUUCGACGUUAGAGCAGCUUGUAACGAUGGGCGGCGGAGACGAUCCAAGGCUACUCCAGGAACAGAGUGUGGCACAAGAAGAGACAAUCAUGCAUCAGGUCGAAGACCGCCCUCUGUUGCAGAAGCAGAAAGAACUCGACGCGGAAGAAGAAGCCGCCGAGAGUAGCGAUUCCGCUUCAAGCGUAGAUGAGUCUCAAGAUAUGAGCAAGCACCGUCAUCACCUCCUGGAGGAUAAUGACCGCGAGUUAUUUGCAUUGGAGGAACGGCUUGAGCAAAUUCAUAAGCAGUUCUUCGAAGAUUAUGAUCGGAAACGAUCGCGGGCGCUUGGGGGAAGAGUGGCAGCGCUGAGAGGAGAGAAGACUCCGCUGAAAGAGAAGGAUAUUGACCUCAAGUUAGUACCAGACGUCAAGGAUAUCAUGCCGCGGAUCAAGCAUCGCGUGCUUGGUGGCGUGGUUCUUGUUUUCUCUGGAGUGCUACCGCUUGGGACCGACACGCAGAACGCCGAUAUCUCCCUAUGGACCAAAAGCUUCGGGGCGGUCAUCUCCACGAAAAUCAACCGGAAGACCACGCAUCUUGUGGCUGGCAGGAAUCGCACGGCCAAGGUCCGGGAAGCCACGCGAUAUCCCAACAUCAAGAUCGUGACGACUCAAUGGCUUCUGGAUACGCUGACUCAAUGGAAACGGCUGGAUGAGGAGCCAUAUCUGCUGCCGGUACACCCUGAUGAUCGAGGCGAGCCUAUUUCGCCUGGCUCCAAGGAGCUGGAGAGUGGGUGGCUUUCAUCAUCCGAGGAAGGCACCGGAGGGUACUGGACAGAUGAUGAGGACUCUACGCAAGACCUCUUGAAGUCCAGCGGCCUCGAUGAGAUGUCCCCCAUUGGCUAUGACGCCGAAGAGCAAGCCGCAGUUCAUGAUGAGCUUAAGGAGUUCCUAGGAAGUGACAAUGAGAGUGAGAGUGACAGUGAAGUGUCGACUCUGGCGGAUGAGGCGGGAACGUCAGGCAAGAAGCGCAAGCGCGAUGAGGACUCUGAAGGCACCAGCGAAGGAGAAGCGGACAGCAGCAAAGAAGAAGAGGGAGAAAAAUCUCGCUCGCGCCUGGCGCAGCGGAUCAAGCGAUCCUAUGAGCGCACCACCAGUCUUAAAGAGGUCGCGAGUGCGGAUAGCACAAGCAUGGCAGAGCUAUCUCACACCAGUUUACCGACGGAGCGCAAUGGCGGUGACCCAGAGGCGUUGGAUGAGCCCGAGGAGCCCGCAGCGCGAGGACAAGAUGUCAGCUACCCUGAAGACCCGGUGGACGACGACGACGAACUGGAACGGGAGAUGCUCGCUGCUCUGGAAGAUGGGGGCUAUGACGCCAAAGCCGAGGAGGGGAUUGCCGCCGAGAAUGGAUAG